AUGUGCAAAAAUGCGACUGAAAAGCAUCGACUGAUCCACACAUUCACCUACGCGCGACAUCUUCGCAACCAAAAGCUGUGCAUGAACCUCCCGACAACCGCAUGUUGCCGCGGAGGCGCCUCCAUAUCUCUGGUGUCCGCCUCGAGGGUGGCCCAAGCCUCUUCGAUGCGAUCCUGACGUGUUUGCAUUCAAUGCCGUUGGCGGCUCGCUUGGCCCUACCGUACUCUACCUCGACCGACAGACUCAACCCCUCCUCUUACUUCUCCUGACUUGCGCCUGCUUACCCCGCUCCCACUCGGGCGGAAAGCUGGAAUAGCGAAUUCUUAGUUCUUCUCCUCGUGCGUGUUGAAGAGUCAAGAGUGAGCACGUGUACCAGUUUGUAAUCACCGCCUGUCCAGCUUGCGUUGGUUCAUACCAGUCAGGAACUGCCACUUCGCUGAAACGUAGCUCCGCAUUAGGCGAGCUGCAGUGAUUUAGAAGACGAAUCACCCUACUUCCCAUGUCUUCCAGGCACCCCAUCAAGUUGCCUCGGAAAAUAGCACCUGGGUCGAUGUACACUACCCCGCUCUUAUCAGCAUGCAUCACGCGAUAGGUGCAGUCGUAUUUUUCUAUCCGAAAACAAUCGUUGAAUUCGGAGCUAGGCAACAUCGAUGUGUGCACUGUUUUGCCUUUGCGCCCGCCUCGCUUGAGAACGCCCCUUGGCAUUCAAUCUGGCUUGGCCUCUCGUCCAAUUCAAAAUGCUCCUCUAGCCACACAAAGGGCACCUCAUUAUGCAUAGAUCGAAAGUCAAGGCCGCCAUUUCUCUCGGUUGAUCCUAUUCUUGAGCUUUCUCCCUACAGCGGCGUGCCAACCUCACUCGUUGGGCCUGGAUUGGUACUUCUCAUUCUCCCUCAAAGCACGUUCGAUGCCAGCCUUUACUUCACCUAGCACCUUUUGUAGCUUCUCGGUUGCCUGCCAACCAAAAUAUACACACAAGGGGGUUAACUCGCUCCAUGAUGCCGCCAUGUGCUACUCUGUCUAUGUAGGGGACGAGC